GUGCGGACGCCUGUACCUGCUGGGCACCAGCGGCCACAUUCGUGACCGGACCUGACAAGUGGACACCUCUGAGGCUCGGAAAAGGUGUCCUAAAACACUGAUGGCAAACUUCAAGGGCCAUGCUCUCCCAGGGAGUUUCUUUCUGAUAUUUGGGCUAUGGUGGUCAGUGAAGUACCCACUGAAGUACUUUCAUCAAAAGGGAUUGAAGAAGAACAGACUGAGCCAGCAGCAACAGCGCAUUGAGAUCAUCGAAGGUGCAGUCAAGACUGUGUUUGCAAUCAUUGGGAUCCUGGCAGAGCAGUUUGUUCCAGAUGGGCCUCACCUCCACCUCUACCAUGAAAAUCAAUGGACAAAGCUAAUGAAUUGGCAGCACAGCACCAUGUACCUCUUCUUUGGUGUCUCAGGGAUCAUUGACAUGCUCACCUACCUUUACUUCAACAUUGUGCCCCUGGGGGUAGACAGACUGGUUUUGGCUAUGGCAGUAUUCAGUGAAGGUUUUCUCUUCUAUUUCCACGUUCACAACCGACCUCCACUGGACCAGCACAUCCAUUCACUUCUGCUGUUUGGUUUGUUUGGAGGGAGUGUCAGUAUCUCUUUAGAGGUGAUCUUUCGGGAUAAUAUUGUGCUGGAGCUUUUCCGAACCAGUAUCCUCAUUCUUCAGGGAACCUGGUUCUGGCAGAUUGGAUUUGUCCUGUUCCCCCCAUUUGGAACACCAGAAUGGGACCAGAAAGACAUGGACAAUCUCAUGUUUAUCACCAUGUGCUUCUGCUGGCACUAUUUGGUUGCCCUUUGCAUCACGGCCAUCAACUACACUCUUGUUUACUGCUUUCUGACUAGGGUGAAGAGACAUGCAGAAGGAGAAAUCAUUGGGAUCCAGAAGCUGACAUCAUCAGAUCACACUUACCAGUCAGCCCUUUUGAGUGGCUCAGAUGAGGAGUGACAUCAGGCCUUGGGGAAGUGGAGACCUCAUCCUUUGUCAACAAUAGCUGGAACAAAAGCAGUUUGUCCCCUCUAUUUAAGGCUCGCCCUAGUGUGCUCCUAGGGCUCCAUAUUUGCAUUCCUCAUCUAAUACAAAGCUAGAGACUCAAAUACAGGAAAUUGGAUCUCAGGUGUUUAUGUACCAUGCUACUUGGAUUUUUACACAUAAUUUAACUUAACUUAUAAAGUCCAUAUUAGAGUAAUACUAUUCAUACACCUUUCAGGAGCAAGCCUGUUCUUGUAGAGGAAUUGCUAUAAGACUCUGAACACCUACAACAGGAAGUGACCAUGUGGAUGAAAUAACCCAUCAAUCUGACAAGCCAUCACAUGCUGCUUCUGAUAACUUGCCCCUCUUCUCUCAAUCACUCAGGUACUUUCUUCUCAAAAAUAUAUUGAGAUUUAGUGAUCGACAAAGCAGUGCCUUCAGUUCAGAGCCAAAAUUCUAGCGCGUUUGUUAAAUAAUAAACUCACAAGCUUUGAUAUUUUAA